ACGUCUACCCAUUUAAACAUGGCUGCACUUCCAAAGAGAAUCAUUAAAGAAACAGAGCGUCUCGUAAGUGACCCUGUUCCAGGAAUUACUGCUAUUCCUUCUGAAGAUAACCUCAGAUACUUUGAAGUAACCAUUGAUGGUCCAAAUCAUUCCCCAUAUGCUGAUGGAGUAUUCAAUUUGGAAUUGUAUUUACCAGAUGAUUAUCCUAUGUGUGCACCAAAAGUUCGAUUUUUGACCAAGAUUUAUCAUCCCAAUAUUGAUAAAUUAGGUAGAAUUUGUUUGGAUGUGUUGAAGGAUAAUUGGUCACCUGCGUUACAAAUUAGAACAAUCUUGUUAAGUAUUCAAGCGUUGUUGGGAGCACCUAAUCCUGACGAUCCUUUAGCUAAUGAUGUUGCCGAUGAUUGGAAGAAGGACGAAAAGAGAGCUAUUGAAAUUGCAAAGGAAUGGACAUUAAAGUAUGCUACCAAGAAAGAUUAGACCUUACACUAAGGUAAUUUUCCUAUUGUUGAUGAAUAGAUUCUGCAACCAAUAAAAAGUUGAAGAAUGACUUCAAAUUUUAUAUUGGAGACUGGGGGGAAGUAGAAAAGUGUUGCUUUAAUGAUAGUAAUGGAUAGCAUUCUAAUUGAUUUGAGAAAAUGCGUAGGUGAUAGACUCUGGUAGUAGAUUGGCAUGGUUAAAGAUAUCUUCUGUAUGGUUUGUAAUCUGUUGGUUUUUGACAGAUCAAAACUCUGUUUUUAUUCAGAAUAUAUAGGGAAUAGAAUUUGUACAAUGAAAGUUAACUAGAUUCAUAGAAAGUAUUUUAUAUUGCAUAAGAAUCUCAAUGACUAAUGAAUUCGCAUAUUUAGGAAGCGUAUAUCUGAGUUAUAUAGUUACAAUGCAAUAAUCUAGAU